GUUUUGCAUGUUUUAACAGUAAUGCCAGAGGAAGUACCAGAUGAACAACCAGAGGGUUAUCUUCAUGAAGUUCUCAUCGGAUUGGGUGCCCUCGUUAUCAUUACAAUAGUGUUAGUUGUACUAUAUAAAAUUUUGGCUAGACACUUUGGCAUUGAAUGUGUAAUUGGGCAGAACAAAACUUGUAGAGCAGAUAUCUUGCAUGUGUUAUGCAUCGACGUUAACUUUCCACGGGAAGAUUUGUCCAAGUUCCGAUUCAUUUUGGAAAACGAUUUAAAUAUUCAAGCCAAGUUUAUCCGAAAAGUAGGUAUAUCCGAAAAGAACGCUUCUUCAAAAGUUGCUCUUGUACUCAAUCAACGAAAUUAUCCGAACUAUUCCACCCCUUAUGCAAACUCAAAGGUGCAAGGAACGGAUCUAAAACAUUCGGAAGAUGAUGCCGUUAGUGUUCUUAUUUGUUUUCUGGUGUCCAGUUUCACAAACGAGAAUUUAUCCGAAUACUUGUCAACUGUGCGUGCUGGUAUUCCGCGUACAAGACGGUUUGUAGCACAAAUCUGUGCUGUAACUUUUGAAGAAAAGCUACCUGUCCCGCAAUCAAAAACCGCUUUAAAAUGUUAUUCUUUAACCAGAGAGAAACAGGAUUUUGUUUCAGCGGUAAAAUCCGCAUUUCCAAAACAAACAAUGGACCAAUAUAAAUCUGUUGUUUACGCAAGCGGCGGAAUGAGCCCAAACUUAACAGGCAAGAAUGGCAUCACCAAUGAACUUAGUCAUGGGCAAUACAUAAACUUAUCUAGAUCUAAAGCAUGCAAUGACAGUAACUGUAGUCAACAAACGGACAACGCAACAAACGGAAGCGUGCAACCGCUUCAAACUUUUGUACCGGAAGUAAUGUUUCUAGGUGCUUCAGAAUCUCGACGAGAGCGUUAUGUUUCGAAUGACUCGGGGCGUGGAGCUAGUGUACUUUCUUACAAGCCGGGUCACACACCAGAAGAUUACAGUCCGUUAUGGGAAGAUGCAACUACAAACGGCCAUCUCCAAUGUCCAUCAACCAAUUACAACACUUCUAUUUAUAGACCGCACAUGAGUGGAACAGAAUGUCCGUCAUGUGACAUUUCAUUUUUCCCGCCAGAUCCGUCAGUUAUUUCUGAAAACAGCUUUGACCCAAAUGAUAUUGGCCUUGAUGGAUUUGACAAUCUGGAGAGUGCGCCUCAUCAGCUUACAGAAAUAAUGUGCCAAAAUUGUCUGCAUGAAAAAGGGAGACCAUGUGCCAAUUCUAUGGAAUCUUUAAUGGACAAGAUGGCGGAAAUUAAUAAAAGAAGUACAGUCACCACUCAACACGAUCCUUGCCCAGGAGAGGUGCACAGUGUUUGGGAAGGACAUGUGUAAUUAUUAUAGACAUGUACAUAGUAUAUAUAACUGAUUGUCCGCGCUUUAAUAGACUUGUUCAUAUUUUCUUAACUAUUGUUGGAAACUGAAUACCGUGGUAACAAUCAAGUUAAAGAUAUAUUAUGCUCAUCCCCGAGUAAAAUAUUUUAGUCAUUGAAAUGUAUUGAAAUCUAUGAAAUUCUUACAUAAUGUGACCAAUUUGAAUUAAAAGAAUGAAAAAGUCAUAUAUGGGAGGCUGCGUUCCCUAUUACGGGACACGUAAAGUUGGUCAUUUUUAAAAAAAACUGCCAGUCUUUAUAAUGACACUACGUAUUUAUAUUGUGACUAUUUUUAGUGUUUAGCAUAUCUUCUUUGUAUGAAGUUAAAACAUGCUUAUUUUAUAUUUACAAAGAGAUUGUAUUGUCAAUAUUUUCUUAUAUCAAAUUUGAAAACCUGCCACUAAGUACACACCAGAAGAAAUGUUGAUAAUAUGUUACACGUUUCAUACUUCUAAAAAAAAUGGACGACGUAUUUAAUUAUAUACCGAGAGACAAAAUGAAAUGGGUCAGGAAAAAAGGCCAUAAUCAACUAAAACUACUUAUGGUGUACAAUGACCAUGUACAUUACGUAGGCCUAUCUAUGCGGCAGACGACAUGUGCUUUGUCGAAUUCGAUGAUAGAUUCGAAUUUAUUGUUUACUGUUUCUUAGUGCAAAUGACUUAACAGAAACAAAUACUUUUUUUAAUUGAAUUGAAUAUAAUUCAAUUAAGUAUAAACUGUCUUUAAAAUGGUUGUAUAUAGAUGUUGAAAAUAUGUGUCGAUGGGUAUAUUCGGUGACGUAUUGAAGCAUCGAACACUUUACUAAAUGUAUGAUAGCUUAUAGAAAUGCUCACUAAUAGAAUACAGUAUUAUUUUGCGAAGUAAAUACCAUGUAUUUUGCUUGAUGCUUUUAAUUCCUUCAGACUCGAAUUUUGAUUUGAAUGUUUGUCAUGAAAAUCAAAAUUAUGUGAAUAAAUUUUUAUAUAAAAAUCUUUUUUA